AUGGAGACCUGUUCAUUAGAAGGUCAAUCACAUGAUAUGAAUCAACCAACUUCUCAUUCAAGCACGACUGACGUUGAGAUUGAUUACAUAACACCAACAGAUGCUUCCAAUGGUCACAUUCGACGUGGUCAACCAGAAACAUGGUCAAAUCCAUGGCUCACUUCCUCUACACAUGGCAUCAUCAAUGGAUAUGGUAUUGGUCAAUCCGAUUUUUUAUGGAAUGUUCGAUCGAAUCGACAAGUGAAAAAAGUUUAUUCUCAGAUAUGGAACACCGAACAGUUGUUGGUUUCAUUCGAUGGAUGUGGUAUCUUUCGCUAUUGGCAUAAUAAUCCAGAAUGGAAGACGAGAAGUGGCUGGUAUCAUGUUGAUCAAAAUCCAAAAAACAAACCAGAUCGAUGUUGUAUUCAAGGUUUUGUUACGCUUACUGAUCAAAAUGAGAAAACAGGCGGUCUUAUUGUUUUUCCACGUUCACAUCUACGCUUUCGUGAAUUGGAUGAAGUGACAAAAGAGUCCAGAGAUUUUAUCAAGAUUCCAAACGAUCAUUCAAUCAUAACUCGUGGCAAACUCGUUCAUUGUCAAGCCGGUGAUCUUGUUCUUUGGGAUAGUCGCAUGGUUCAUUGUAAUUCACCGGCUAUUGCAAUUGAAGAACGGGCAAAAGAUGAACCAAUCGAUCUACUUCGUAUCGUUGCCUAUGUUAGCAUGAGCCCGACUUCGUUUGUAUGUGAUCAAUCGCUUGAAGAAUUUCGUGAAAAACGAAAACAAAUGGUGGAAAAUAAUCUUACUCUGACACACUGGAGUACAGAAUUUGUCGUAUCAGGUACAAUUUUUAAUUGA